GCUUUGGGUGUUGGCUACUGAGUUUGAGCCUCUCUUUUUCCAUGGUUCUGUGGUUUUUUCUUUGCGCAUUGUCCCCCGUUAGAGCUGUUUCGUUGGCCAGAGGGAUCUUUGUGCUGCUGUUCGCCUUUUUUUACGUUGAGUCGCUAUUGGGUACAGGCUAUCUGACUAACAUUUGUGGAGCUGCAUUCCUUCCGUAACGUGAUGAACAGCUCUAUUUCUCAAGGCAUUUCCAGAUCGCCAAUGAAUACAAAGACUGUCUGAUAUACGGAGGGCUUCUCUUUCAUUCUUUUUUAUUUUUAUUGUUUUU